ACGCCUCGGCCCCGGGCCAGGCGAAACAAAGGCUCGGUAACGCGGUUGCUAGAGCGCCGCCGGUCGCCUGGUAACCGUCCGCUGCCUCUUUAUCCGGGGGCGUCUGCGGGCUGGGGUGGAGUUUGAGUCCCUGCAGGCGCCCGUCCGGCGGCUCGCCGUGUCCCGGAGCUACUUCUCGCCUCCGCUCCCGUUCCUAUGCGGGCUGCAGCAGCGGCGCUCCCAGCAGCGUGGCCCCUGGCGGGCGGCCCCUCUGGGCAACGGGUCGCUUCACAGCGAGCCCGGCCCCGGCCCCGCCGGGGCUGCCCGGGAGCGCCAUGAGUUCGGAGCCGCCCCGUGCCUCGCUGCUCCGCGCCCUGUUUAAGAUGGAGCCGGCGACAGCCGCCUCCGAAGUGCUGGGGGGAGCCUCGGAGUUCGUGAAAGAUCGGUUGUACUUCGCUACUUUACGAAAUAAACCGAAAAGUACUGUGAAUACCCAUUACUUCUGUACCGAUGAGGAGCUGGUCUAUGAAAAUUUCUAUGGAGAUUUUGGGCCGUUAAAUUUGGCAAUGUUAUACAGAUACUGCUGUAAACUAAAUAAGAAAUUGAAGUAUUUCAGCCUAUCAAGAAAGAAGAUCGUGUACUAUACCAGUUUUGACCAGCGGAAACGAGCAAAUGCAGCAUUUUUAAUAGGUGCAUAUGCUGUAAUAUACUUGAAGAAAACACCAGAAGAAGCUUACAGAACACUCUUGUCUGGAUCUAAUCCACCGUAUCUUCCAUUUAGGGAUGCUUCAUUUGGGAACUGCACGUACAAUCUAACGAUCUUGGACUGUUUGCAGGGAAUAAAUAAGGCCUUGCAGCAUGGAUUUUUUGACUUUAAGACAUUUGAUGUGGAUGAAUAUGAACACUAUGAGCGAGUGGAAAACGGUGACUUCAACUGGAUUGUUCCAGGAAAAUUUUUGGCAUUUAGUGGACCGCACCCAAAAAGCAAACUUGAAAAUGGUUAUCCUCUUCAUGCACCUGAAGCCUACUUUCCCUAUUUCAAGAAACAUAAUGUCACAUCAAUCAUAAGACUAAACAAGAAAAUUUAUGAGGCAAAACGCUUUACUGAUGCUGGUUUUGAGCAUUAUGACCUGUUCUUCAUAGAUGGAAGCACACCAAGCGACAGUAUAGUUCAGAGGUUCCUGAACAUCUGUGAAAAUGCUGACGGUGCUGUUGCUGUACAUUGUAAAGCUGGCCUGGGGAGAACAGGAACACUGAUUGCCUGCUACAUAAUGAAGCACUACAGGUUCACACAUGCUGAAGCUAUUGCUUGGAUAAGAAUAUGUCGACCAGGCUCUAUUAUAGGACCCCAGCAACACUUCUUAGAAGAGAAGCAGGAAAUGUUAUGGCUGGAGGGGGAUCUUAUCCGAACAAAGCAGAAACAACAAGUAGCUGAUGGAAACAUGAACAGAGUUCUUUGUGGCUUGAAUGACAUUUCCAUCAGUGACAGCUUGAAUAAAGUACAGGACUUGGAUCAAUACAGGGAGAACGAUUCUGAAGAUAAAGCAGGUGUGGAAACUCAGAAUGGCAUGACACAGGGAGACAGGCUUAAUGCUUUAAAAAGUCGGAGACGGCCAUGUUCUGCUACAACUGGAGCUCUGAGGCUGCAAGACAUGAAACUGCACACCAGGUCAAUAUCACAGCCUUUCAGACUGAAUACCUCAGGUAGCACAGAAGGAUCCAUGUCUCCUCUGAAGGCCUCCAAAGUGCUGGCAGCUAAGUCACCAUCUGCAGAAAGAAUCAGCAGAAUUCCCAUAUCCUCCGGCUCUAACCUUAAAAGCGUUUCCAUAAACUCCAGACUAGCCAGUUCUCUAGGGAACCUGUAUACCGCUUCAGAUGAUGAUGAGAGCAAAAUGACAUCAUCGUGCUCUAGGACAGGUUUUUCUGUAAGCCAAAUCUCCAGCCACUUGAAUGGCAGCUUGCAGCUGCCUCACAGAAAUAACCAUGAACUGAACAACAACUUAUACAACAGAAACAGCACUAGUGGCAACAACCUGAGCAGCCAAACCAGUUUUCACAGCGCUGUGACAGAUGAGUACGCUCAGCCUUCCUUUAUGGGCCUUACAACUCCUCCAGCACGAUACCAGAGUCAAUCAAUUCCUUCCCUUCAGUCUGAAUGUGUUCAGUACUAAAGCCUUGCUGCUUUGGUGAAUCCUGUUGAGCUCUUAAAAUUGAAGUUGUUCAUGAAGGAGAAGAACUGAAGGAAGGAAGCUGCUCACUCAGAGGAGGAAUCUUCAAUACAAGACAUAUUAAAACCUUAACACCAAGAGGAGACUUCUUAACAGGCAGAAAUGUCUUGUUAAUGACUACUGCAGAUGCACUGAUGUUGAAUUUAUAGAAAUUAUUUUACCCCAUGUUAUAUACAGAUUGAAAUUUUUAAUGUUAAGACAGCCUGAAUAUAUUUCUAAUGAGUUUCAUUAAGACUUUUAUUAACUUGUGUACAGUGUUAAAAUAUAAAGAGAAUAUUUUGGUAAGCAAUAUAUAUAUAUACACAAAUUAUGUAAAAAAAAUAGUAUAUAUUUUAAUUUAGUGUUGUUUACCUCUUUGCUACAAAAAUGUGUAUUUUACAGAAUUUUUGUGUUUAUCAAAGAUAAAUUUUUUUAUGGACAAGAUGGUUUUUCUUGUUAAUGGGUCCACCAUUAUGGCUAAAAGCCUAAUCUAAUUACUUUUUCACUAAUUGGUCUUCUGGUAACGUAAUGGAAGUCCGACUAAUGAGGGGCUAGUUAUCCUACUAUCUACUGAAAGCACUUGAUACAUAGUCUACUUUCCACUUUCAGCUGCUAAUGUUUCAUAAGGAAACAAUAUGAAAGAAAAAGGGAAAAUAUUUGCUGAGAUGUAAACUUACAUCUUACAGGUAACUUACAUCUUCCAUUGCAAAGAGAAAAUAAUUGAUCUGAUGAUUCAAGUGUACAAUUAGUGCUUUCUUUCCAUUUGUCUCAAAGGAAUGUUUUAACUUUUUCUUUGAAAUGUAGAAGGUUAAAUUGCUAUGCAAUAUAUACUGCAAAAAUGAAAGCAGACCAAACUUAAGUUGGUAAGAAUGUGUAUGUACAAUGAAUUUGGCAGUGCUGCAUACUUACAUGUUUUUAUCUUACAUUUGGCAGUAUAUGUACAGUUUCAUUAGCAAAGCAUACUAAAGUAAAUGUUGGAAGUUUAUGAAAUUUUCCCUUAUCAACUGGACACUUCAUGAACUUUAACAUGUGAAAACUAUUACUAAACAUACAGCUAAUGUAACCUCCUGUAUCACAGAAUAUUUUUAUAAGUAGUAAAGAUAUUCUUUAAUGUAUAGUUUAAUCAGGUGUGAUUAGGAAUGAGAUGUAGAAUGAAGUGGUAUUACAAUGAAAUACUAGAGAUCAUGUGUAAAACUUUCAGAACUCCACAAGUGCACAGUAAGCAAAAAAACGUAAGCAGCUGUGAGGACUUGAUUUGCCACUGAUUUCAAAGACACAAACAAAAAUGUAUCACUUAUGAGUUUUUCUGAUAUCUCCAGAAACUUGAAAAUAAAACUUGGUUGAGUUAUGUCACUCUUUGUUUCUGAAGACUUGUGAAUGCCCUGCAUUUGCUCUACAAUUGAAGUGAAGAUAAAGUGCCACAUUAUUUAUUUUUUAAAAGAUUGGAUGACAUACUGCUAUGGAAGGUUGUACUGAAAGUGUUAAUAAGCAAUACUGAGAGCAGCUAUAUAAAUUGCUGAAUAAAAUUUACAUGCAAUACUGUACUAUUUUCACAACUGUGUAUAUGUAACAUAUACACACACAAAGUAGCAUAUGUGUGUGCAUAUAUAUACAAUAUACUGUAUAUGAAUUAUAGAUUAAUGGUAAGGUAAUUCUACCUCUUAUAAAUAAUUUUGUCAUGUAGUUUGUUAUAGUUUCCUUAAUAAAACUGUUUAAUUUUGAAAUGUAGGUAUAUCUACAUACAGCUAAUUGACAAUAAAAUGCCUAUUAUCAGCCA